AGUAAAAAUAUUGUCGGAUAUCGUUAUGGCUUUAACAUGUUGCGUUCAAAACUGCUCUAAAGGAGCAUACUGGUUAAAUAAAUGGAAGAAACAACUGUGUGACGUCUGUGGAUGUUUGCACAAAGAGAGAGACUGUAAAUGCGAUCCGCCAUUCAGACUAUUCACUUUCCCAACAAAGAAAAAGAAUCCAGAGCAAAGGGAAAAAUGGAAACAGCUGGUAGGAAGACGUCAGGGCAGUGGACAACUCUGGUCACCAGGCAAAGACAGUCGAGUUUGUUCGGAUCAUUUCACAGAUGGAGAACCAACCAAAAACAAUCCAUUGCCCACUGUCAGCAUGGGAUAUGACGAAGCAGAGAAACGAGCGAAGAGAAUGAUACAGUUUGAGGCGACUAGCACAAAACAUACGAAAAGGCGUAGAAAAAUGUGUUCAAAAGACAAUGAUCAUGUGUCUUGGGAAAAUCUUGAUGCAACACCUAUUUAUGAUGACCCAGAGGUUGAAUUACUUUCCCACACUUACAAACUUCCAUGGUCUGUUAAUUUUCUGGCUGUGUUUGUAGCUCUGUGUUUACAAAUUAGUGAACAGAACAAGCAGAUUGCUAAGUUGAAAGCUGAGGUGUGCAUACAGAGACAAAAAAUAGACAGGCUGAAGAACACUGUGUACAGUGAGGAAAUACUUAAGACCGAUGAUGAUGUUCAGUUUUACACUGGUUUAGCAAACAAGUCUCUGUUUAACAAAUUACAUGGGUUUAUUUCACCAUUUGUUACAAGAAGGUGGACUGGUGUUAUGUCUAUGGCCAAAAAUGUCAGAAAAUUCAAAUCCACAUUGUCAGCCCAUCAAAAGCUUAUAGAGAAAGCAGCCUUGAAAAGACUUAAUCAGCAGAGUAAUGAAUUCGGACUACUUCCAAAAUAUCAGUCUGCGUAUCGCCCCGAUCACUCAUGUGAAUCUGCUUUGUUGCGGGUCGUAAAUGACAUUUUAGCAGGAAUGGAACGACAGGAAGUGACGGCCCUCAUAGCCAUCGACCUGAGUGCCGCGUUCGAUACUGUGGACCAUGAUGUACUUCUGGAGGUCCUGCGUUGCCAGUACGGUGUUUCAGGUACAGCCCUUGACUGGGUGGGCUCGUACCUAAGACCGCGUGGCUGUAGAGUGAGCAUCAACGGUACGCUGUCGUCAUGCCGUGCUCUAGAUUGUAGUGUUCCUCAGGGAAGUUGUUUAGGCCCAUGGAUGUACCUCGCUUACGCCGGCACAUUGUUCGAUGUUAUCCCCCCGUCCAUAGCUUUAUAUGGAUUCGCAGACGAUCACAUCGCUAGCAAGUGUUUUCGCCCUUCUAGCUCCAACGAAGCCGAUACAAUCCGAGAAGUCGAACACUCGGCAAUAGUAAUAAAUGACUGGAUGAACAAAAACAAAUUAAAAAUGAAUACGUCUAAAACCGAGUUUAUAAUGUUUGGAAGCAGAAAACAGUUAAACAAAUGUGCAACACAAACCAUAGAUAUUGCUGGUGACACGAGCACCGGAGUACUUAAAAGAACUCCUGACACCGUAUACAUCCAGUCGCACAGGCAUGAGGUCCGCUGA